CUUUUUUAGCAAUUUAUUCAGAUGCAUCGUUACACAUGUAGCUAUACAGUUAAAUAUUUAGAAAAAGCAACCGAAAUAAAUUGUGAUCAUCUGCUAAUUUGAAGACAUGGUCUUUUCUUUCAUUUGCAUUCGUGUCUGUUUCUGCUCGCAGCUCUGUAGCAAAAUGGCCUCUGCCUUUUCAUUUGCAGGAUUUCUUUUUUUUUCUUCAUUUCCAAACAGAAAUGCCAUCGCGGCGUGUUGUCCUCUGUGUGGAUGGCGGCUACAAAGGAGCACAAGUCCCGCCUGCGUUUGUCUCCGGGGGGCAGGGGGGGGUCUCCGUGUCGGCGCUCCCGACCGGGGAUUGGAGCGGCGGCUUGUCAGUAAGUGAGCCCACCCUCCACUUGCUGUGUGCGAGGGGAGGGUGUGUGUGUGGGGGGGGACCGCGCCAGACACAGUGACGGAUCCGAUCCCCCCCCCCCACCCACCGGCGUGUCAAAACCAACACGCCGCGAUACCGACCCCGGAGCUCCGUCCGCCGCGCUGUGACACCUGGCCCGGGAUGGAGGGAGAGAUGCAGCCCGCCGACGAGGGGCCGUGCGCCCCGAAGAUGUGCCGGCAGCCCCGGGGUCCGUACAGCACCCUGAAGCCCCUCCAGAGCCGCCGCUCGGCGGGCAAGUCGCGCUUUGACAGCUCCGCCGUGGUCGGGGUGCCGCUGUUUGGCGACGGACAUCACUUCACUUUCCAUCCCGAGCAGCAGCAUCGUUUCCAGCCCCCCCGCCGCCACGACCACCGGCACCACCAGCCCCACCAGCGCCCGCAUCAGCUCCACCAAAGCAGCUUCGCCAUCAGCAGCAGUCAGCAGCAUCGUCUCCCAGGUGAGAAGGGGCCCGGCAGCAGGGACCCGACAUCCACCUCGGCGGCGGCGGCGGCAUCUCCCGGUGCCCCGCAGCGGCGCAGCGGCGCAGCGGAGCCGCGGUUCUCCCCGGACUGCACCUACGGCAUCAGCGCAGAGAACCGCCUCAUCCUGGACGCCUUCGCUCAGCAGUGCAGCCGAGUCCUCAGCCUCCUCAACAACGGCCGUCUCCUGGAGCCCUCCUCUUCCUCCUCUUCCUCUUCCCUCACGUCCAACAUCAAGCUGGAAGGCGGGCCGGGGGAGGUGCACGGGCUCCACUGCUCCUCGCUGUCCAAACCUGCAGAGAGCUCCUCCACCACGGACCCGGAAGACGAGGCCAAACAAAGCCAUUUGAACCAACAACAGACCUCCGCCGUUCUCCGCAUCUUCACGGACUCCCUACAGAACUACCUGCUCUCGGGGCCUCGGCAGCGGCGACAUCUGGCUGCCGGCGGCCCGGACGAUGAGCCGUCUCCGUCCGCAGAGCCCGGCUCGGGGGCGUCUCCUCCGAGGCACCACCUGGCCGGCUGGGGCUCGCCGGCGCCGUCAGAGUCCUACGGCCACCCGUCGUCCACGCUGCCCGAGGAGGAUGAGGAGGAGGAGGAGGAAGAGGAGAGCUGCUGCCCACGCUGCCUGGAGUUGGAGCAGGAGGUGCUGUCUCUGCAGCAGGAGAACGAGGAGCUGCGCAACAAGCUGGAGAAUGUCCCAGCUCCCUGUCAAAAUGUCCUCGACUACUUCAAGACUGUUCUGGAGUUCCACAACCAGCUGGUCCAGCCGAUGCCGGAGGAGCAGCUCACCGAGGAAGAAGAACGGCAAACUGUCUUUGAGGGCAGCAAACAGCUGCUGGAGAACUAUCCUCUCUUCAUCUCCAACAAGCAGUGGGACGAGGCCGUCAACUCCUCCAAGAAAGAUGGCCGGCGGUUGCUGCGCUACCUGAUCCGCUUCAUCUUCACCACGGACGAGCUGAAGUUCUCCUGCGGUUUGGGAAAAAGGAAGCGCUCGGUCCACUCGGGAGAUCCCGGCCUGGAGAGACGACCGCUGAACCCCGUCAAAGUCAGCUGCCUCAGAGAGUUCAUCCGGAUGCACUGUGCCUCCAACCCGGACUGGUGGAUGCCGUCGGAGGAGCAGAUCAACAAGGUGUUCAGCGACGCCGUGGGUCACGCCCGCCAGGGCCGCGCGGUGGGCACGUUCCUGGGCAGCAGCGGCAGCAGCACCAGCAGCCUCUACAUGGACGCCUUCGACGGGCACCUGUCGCAGGACGAGCCGUACCUGAAGGGCCAGUCGGACUGAAGGGACGGCGGGAACUGGAGACUGAAAGCAGGACGUGUAGCUGUACAGCAGAAUACCCCAAAACGCCGACCGUGACCUGUCACUUUACGGAGUGAAGAAAACAUUCCAGAUGACGUUUAAGCGUUCAGUCCCUCUGAAUAGUUUGUGGCUCUUUCGCCAUUUUUAUACCUACAAUUUUAAUCUCAAGGUGUCUUCAGUAUUUUUUCAUUUUCAUUUGAGUCUUUUUCUAUGGUUUGAUAGUUUGAGCAGUUUUGUCACUUUGAAUUCUUUGGUUUUGUGUCUUUGAGAGUCCCAGUUGUUUAUUUCUUCCUCGUGAAGCUAAUCAGGAAUCUACUUGUGCUAAUGUUACCGAGCUGGAGACUCGUCACUGACACUUCAUCACAUCACACAAAGUAGCAUGUCAUAUUUUUUACACCAAAUUGUGCGUCAUCGGCGAAGCACCUUUUAAGUGCAACUCUUCAACAGGAGAAAGUUGUGUUUUGUUACCUGUAGUCUUGCACUUUUCAUCCCCAUUUUUUUUUUUUGUUAAAUAAAUGUGAGUAUAUUCGGAUGGCUCGUUUUAGAAAGAGAAGAACAUUAAGUAUCUGCAAUGAUUAGGCUCCCCCGGGGGAAAAAAGUCUGAUUUGAGAAAAAAAGAAGACGUAGUUUGUAUUACAGAAAAAGUGUUUGGUAUUAACAGUUCAAUAGAAAUAUAAGCGCUUUUUUUUUCUUAAAUGCUGCAUAUGUCAGCAAUGUUAAGCUUAUGAUGCAGAAACAGAAAAUAGUGGGAAACAACAAGAAGACAGUUUCUAUUUUAUGCUAAUUUAUGCACUUUCUUUGCAGAUUAUUCAUCUUGACGCAAAAGUUCUUCCGCUGAAAGAUAAAUGUGUUGCAUUCUACCUACAUGUAUUUAUCUUAUCGGUGGGAAGACUUUUUGACUCAGGAUGAAUAAAUGUUGCCAUAUAAUAUUGCCUUAAACUUGAUUCAAGACCACCACAGUAUAAAGUGCUGGUGUUUUGUGUUAUCAGUCAUGUCACCACAACGUGGGUUGUCUCUGUCUUAUUUACAAUGACAGACAACAAUCCUUCUAAAUAAUCAUCUGUUGACCCAAGAAAAAUCGAGCACUUCUUUCUUAUUUGCACUUUUACGCAUCUCAUUGUGGCUGAAGCUGCCCGACACUGAGGAGUCUUUUAGAAUUGAACCGCUUGUAUUCUUUGACUUUGUAUUUAUGAUAUUUGGUACUCGAUCACUUCACUUCAUGCCACCGUUUUCUACGUUUUGAAUGUACCGGAUUUAAUAGUUAAAUUUGCCACGUCAACAGUGCUGUGUAAAUGUGUAAUAUAAAGUACAGUAUUGUGUGAAGGUGUUACCACGUCUCUUAAAAAGCCAAGUAGAAAAGUGCCACAGAAACCUUAAACAGUGGGAUUCUGUCGUUGUGUUGCUGUUCCGAAUGUGAGCAUUUAUUUGUAUUUACUCCAUCAAAGUGGCUGUAAUCAACACUGUGAAACAUCAAUAGGAUUUCUACAAAUCUAAUAGCUUCUAUUGUUUUGUUUUUAUUUAUAAUGAAUAAAAGAAGCACUGAAGCUGAAAGCUUACAUUGA